CGGCGAUUCCCCACCGCCGUGAGCUCGCACUCCCGGGUCCGAGAUUGGGUCUGCGCGUUCAAACCGACGAUGGAAUGCCGGCUGAUGGAAUACGUCCGCCGCGAGUGCCUCGCAAGGCCUACACGGACUCUUCAAAUUGCGGAGGGAGGCUUAGGGGCACAAGCUCGUGCUGUUGUUCACUAUGGAGAUGGAGAUCGCCUCGUUUGAUCUAACUAGUCUGCUCGGCGAGAGUUUAGACUUGCGUUCUAGCUUCAUGGGGCCUUACGAUGGUGUUCUUGCAGUUAAACUUGUUGAUCCGUUGAGAACCUGAGUCUAUAUAAUAUGAAGAGCUUGUCCUGGUUGGCGUGAACCAUCCAGCAUCCAGCCAUCCAACAUCCUCAACAACUCUCACAAGCAAUUCAUUUCCUCAUUCUCAUUGCCACUGCCCUCUUUUCUUGAUUCUCCGCCUUUCUGUUUUAGCUUCCACCAUAAUGCCGUCCCUGUCCAAGCUGGCCGUCUUGGCCGUCGGUGCCUUUGCCCUCGCCGAUGCAAAGGCGUGUCCCCCCAUGGGAGCCGUCUUCCCAGCCCCUCAGGCCCCAAGCCAGAACAAAGGCGUCAAGAGCGCGGCUUCAGCGCUGAAGGACACUCUAGACGAGCAAAUAUCUUCUCUUUUCGAGACCUCUGCCAUGUCCAUCGGCGUCAAGUCGAUUCACGAGGAUGAGCCCCUCUUCACCUACCACUUCACACCACCCAAUCCCGGAUCGGGUGCCCAGAAAGUCGGCGACAACACCGUGUACAGAAUCGGCAGUGUCUCCAAGUUGUUCACUGUGCUCGCUGCACUCCAAAAUCCAGACAUCGACAUGAACGCUUCAGUGCUGAAGUACCUGCCUCAGCUGAACGAGACAGGUGUAGAUGAUCUGAUUUUCUCUUUGGACUGGGCAGAAAUCACCGUUGCUAGUCUAGCCGGGCAUCUCUCAGGCGUCGGUGCUGAUUUGGCCCAGGAUCUUGGUCUUGUCGGUUCCGAGGUAUGGGUAAAGAUGGGCCUCCCCGAGUUCGCUGCGAAGAAUGGCCCAAAUUGCUCUGGUCUCCCUGGAACGACGGCCUGCACCAAGGAAGAUCUUCUCGACCAGGUCAACCGCCGCCCUCCCGUUUACUCGCCCUAUACGACGCCCGUCUACUCCAACAUUGGCAUCGCCAUGCUGGGUCUCGUUGUCGAAGCCGCGAGCAACAAGACUUUCGACGAGGUUGUCACCCGCGACAUCUUGGACGUCGUGGGCAUGCAGCACUCCUCCACCGGCGAGGCUCCUUCUGCCAAGGAUAUCUUUAUCCCCGAGGGUGAGAGCAUCUGGAACUCUUCCACCGGGGUUUUCAGCUCGGCUGGUGGAAUGUACUCGUCCCUGGGCGACUUGCAGGCUUUCGGAGAGGCCAUCCUCACCAACAAGCUCCUCUCUCCCAUGGAGACUCGCAGGUGGAUGAAGCCGGCUUCUUCUACUGCUUCGUGGGGCUACAUGAUUGGGCACCCGUGGGAGAUCCUGCGCAGUGACAAUAUUACUUCUGACGGCCGCCUGAUUGACGUCUACACCAAGAGCGGCGAUAUCGGACUGUACAGCGCUCUGACCGGCCUCGUCCCGGACUACGACCUCGUCGUCACCGUCAUGAUGGCGGGCGCCGAGGCUACAUCCGACCCCUUCAGUGCCAUCGCCUUUAGCGCCGUCAUCCAGAACCUGCUGCCAGCGAUCGAGGCCGCGGGCCGGGAGCAGGCCAAGGCGUCGUACGUGGGCAAGUACACGGAGCAGUCAACCAACUCCAGCAUCACCAUUACGAUGGACGGCGGCCCCGGGCUGGUCAUUUCCGAAUGGACGGUGCACGGAUACAACGUGCUCAAGAACAUUGGCGGUUACUCUUGGGCCACGUUGGAGACGGGCAAGGUCAACAGCUCGCCUCCCGUGUCGGCUCGCGUGUACCCGACCAACCUGCGGAACAAAAACCAGGUUGCAUGGCGGGCCGUCUUCGACUUUACAAACUCGACGGCGAACGCGGCGCUCGACAGCCAGCUUUUCUUCAAGAACGGCAGCUGCCAUACGUGGUUCUCGCAGGACCGGCAGACGUACGACUUCCUCAGCCUGGACGAGUUCGUCUUCGCGCAGAGCGAGGGCGAGGCCAAGACGGUCCAGAGCCCGGCCUUCAACGUCACGUUGACCAAGGUACACCCCGCCCCGGAGAAGAAGACGAGUGCGGCCAGCGUGGCAGCGGGUGCACCUGGUGCCCUGGACGUCGCGCUGGUGGCUUCGUUGGUGUUGGUGAGCUUGUUCUAAGACGAUGCAGG